UAUUGUUAGCAUCCUUUAUAUUUGUACAAAAUGAAGUAUUAACCAGACCUGCUUCAUGCGAGGAUGUUUACGUUGGCAGCUCGAUUUUCAUUCUUUAAAAUUUGUAGGUUUAAAAGAUCAAUUUCAACUUUGACUAUGUACAAUACAGCGGAUUUGUGCGAUGUCUAUGGCGACCUACUUCAAUAUGCCGAGCCGAUCUUUCGAGAUUUUGGUCAAAAGACUAAAUUUGGUGGCAAAAUAUCGACGGUGAAAUGCCACGAGGAUAAUUCGUUUGUCAAGGCAGCAUUGGCUGAACCAGGAGAGGGAAAGGUAUUAAUAAUAUGCAUUUUAUGUGAUCUGGAAUCGGAAAUAGAAAGUAUGUGCUUAAUUAUUGUAAAGACUUUUAAGUAAAAAAAAUUGAAAAAUUGAAAAAAAAUUUAUUUUUUUAUUUUAUUUUUCUUUUUUUUUUACUUUUAUUACUUUUAAGGCUUUUUACUUUUUUUUCUUAAAAGAAUUUCAUUUAUAUACAAAAAGGCAAAAAUAUAUCAGUCAGAACAUUUUGGCAUUUUGCUACAUGUUUUUGUAGCAAAAUUGGCAUAUGCCACGUUUCUAUAAAUCUGCUUCUACCAAUUUUUCAUAAAACUGAUUUUUUUCAAGGUUUUAGUUGUUGAUGGAGGUGGGUCGAUUAGAAGAGCUCUACUUGGCGACAAUGUUGCAGCCACUGCACUCAAAAACAACUGGAGUGGUGUAAUAAUCCACGGAUGUGUACGAGACAUAGCUGAACUUGAAAAAAUAAACAUUGGAAUAAAGGCACUUGGUUCGAUUCCUCGAAAGACUGAGAAGAAGAAUGUUGGUUCGAGAGAUAUCCCAGUGACAUUUUCUGGUGUUACAUUUAGACCUAACGAAUAUGUGUAUGCCGAUAGAGAUGGCAUUGUAGUGUUGGAUAAAAAGCUUAUAUUAGAAGGAAAAUUGUAAUGAUUAAAUUUAUGAUGUAAAAUUCUGUAGCAGUUUUAUUGAAUCAUGCAUUUAUUUAGCAGUAUUUGUCAGCAAAAAUAUGUUAAUGCAGAAAAUUUUUUAAUAAUUCUAUAAUGAUAAAUUUAUGGGGG